UUGGCAGGAGCCCAUUUAAUGUAGUUUUGCCCCUCAACUAGUUCUCCAACUGUUAAGUUUAGUAGGUCAGGUGGAAUAAACCGUUUAGAACGGUGCAUAAUAGUUUAUGUUUCGUUAUUUUUCCACAGAGAGAAAAAAAAUAACGUGUUUUGUUUGAAUAAUUGGUUAGGAAAAAGUUCACUAUCAUCACAAAAGAAAGUAGCUGACUAGCUAACGAGUGUGCUAGCGUUUAUUAUUAAAAUAUUAACUUUUGAUGUCAAAAUCAGACGAGAGGAUCUACCAGAGGAACAGCUUUACGUAAACGCUCGAGUUUGGGAGACUCGUGAACUUUUAGAGACUUUUAAAAGCACAAAAGCGACUGUGGGAAUGUCGUGCCGGAGUGGAGCGGCCCGGGUAGGUAACCAAGGACUGCAGCCCCUCCGAGCCACGGUCCCGUUUCAGCUCCAGAACAGAACAGCACUAAUAUGCAAAGACAGCAAAACAGAGUGCAAGACAAAGGGUCGUCCCCCAAAGCCAACCUUGCGACGGACAUUGUCUCUUGACACUUUGGUAGGGCCAUACCUGCAGGGCCAGUGGCCUAAGGAAGCAGAGGGUCAACCUGUCAAUGACAAGGCGACACAGACUCCCAGUUCGUGGAGAGAAGAGACACGGGGGCGGAGAGGGGGCGGCGGUCACAAGCGCUCUGCAUCAUGGGGUAGCGCCGAGCACCUCCGAGAGGUUGCCAAGCUACGGCACUCCUUGCAGAAACGCUCCAGACACGCACCUCAAGCCACGGAGUGCGAGCACACACAGCAACAUGGACACAACAGCCAAUCACACAUACCUGGAAGUACACAGACGAUGCCUUUGAUUCCGCUGAGCCGAUUGGCCCCCAGACUGAGACGCAGUGUUGAAGGACUGAACCUGGAGCUGGAGGGAGUCUUUGUGUCUGAAACAGCAAAGGAACAACACAAAAUUCUUGAUGUCCCAGAUGGUCACAGAGCCCCUGUCCCCGCUCAGAGGUACAGCAGCGCUUCACAGAGUGACCCUUCACCUGCCCAGCUGUCUCCCACACACUCGCCCUACACCAUCACAGACUCCGAUAUGGUUGUGUGUGGGUCGCUCUGUCCACUUCCCUCUCCUCCUCUGUGUAUGUCUGAGCCGCCAUCCUCCUCUCCUCGACCCAACAAAACAUACGUUUUCCAGAGAGAACCUCCAGAGGGCUGCGAGAGAGUACGUGUGUCUGAGGAGGCCAUACUUCCCUGUCAUGAAAAUGCCCCUUUGCAGCCCUCCUGUCCUGACCCUAACAAGGUGAAUUUUACACCUCAUGGUGGCUCUGCCUUCUGCCCGGUCAGUCUCCUCAAGCCCCUCCUCCCUUCUAUGGACCUGUUAUUUCGUGGCCUGUCUGUUUCACCGGUCACAGGCUGUUCGGCUCAAGGUUCCGCCCCCUGCCAGACACCAGGACAUGCUGUGGGAGGAUACUUGAGUGGGACCCUCCCAGACUCUACCACCAGUUUCUGAGGAGGCAUUUAUGAUGAGAAAAGAUAAAGAAAAUACUAAAUUUGUGUGCCUUUGUUGCGCCUCAUCAAAGACUUGACAUUAAUGUGUCACAAAGAAAAAGACACCAAGAACCGCUCAUGCUAUCUACUCUUGGCACAGAGAGGAAAAACAUCAUGAUAGAAGAACUUUUCACGCACGGAGGCAACAUUAAACAAAAUCUGUGGUGGCCUCACCAAUUUGAUUUGCAGAUUACCUUUUGACCUCAGGACACUACUUGGCACAUGUGAUCAUUUCCUUCAUACUUUAUAGCAUUCAGUUUUUGCUAGAAUUCACUAUAUUGCUAUUAUACAAUAUUGAUGACUAUUCAUCAUCUGUCUAAAGAUAUGUACUAUUUUAGAUCUGUCAGAAGAUAACAAAUAGAAGAGAAAAUGGUCUUUUUGAACAUCUUACCAUAUAUUUGUACUUAUGAGGGCUAAGCCUUUUUUUUAUUCUCUUUAUAUAAACUUGGCAAACUCUGUGAUGAUUACACGGAGCUGUGGAAUAGAAAAAUAUUGGAACAUUGUACAGAGUCAGAAACAAACAGCCCAUAAUUCAGUAUUUACACAAUCACCGAUUCCCAGACACAGUAAGUACUGCAUGCUGGUCUUUUUUUUUUUUUUUACCAAUGCAAAAGAGGCACUAAUGGUCCAAUGAGUCUCUGAAGGUCCAUGUGGGCUGUUUAUGUCUUGUAGUUGCAUCUUGUCUGGAGAGUCAAAGUGCUUUUGAAGGCUGUGUUUGAUUGAAUACACUCUAGUAUGUCUUUUUAGUAGCUACAAUUUUUUUUUCUUUUUUUUUUUUAAAUCUCAUUAAGCCAAGCUCUGAACUUGUUCAAAGUCUUGUUCAACAAAGAGUUACCAUUAACAGUAUCACUCUGGUAUGGGGCUUUAAUUGUGUCUGGAAUAUUAACCAGAUGGUACAGAGAGUAACCACAGAAGUUGUAGUGUGUUUACAGCUGUAAUUUUAAGGAAAUGUCAAAGCCACACAAAGCCCAUUCCUCUGUUUUCAUGGACUAUGGGCCUCGCACUUAAAUUCAGUAUACGACGAGACCCUUUUAAGGGUUUAUUUCACUACACACUUAAGUAUGCAGUAUGAAUUUUACUACAGCCUUGACAAACCUUCAUAUUCUUUUGAAAACCGUUUUGUUUGUUAAUGCUUUACACAUGUUGGUCCUUCUGUUUAGUGAGUUUGGGUUUAUUCAGACUCCUUACGCAUGACACGAGCUAAUUUGCUACAUUGAGGUACAAUGCACUUGUCAUAAGGAAUGAUACUUAAAGCAAAUACUUUGCUGACAUUCACUUAAUAUUUAAAGCAAUGAUAUAAUCCUGUAUAUUUCCAUGGGCAUAUGAGGCAGACAACAGCAUUAUAUUGUGUCUCAGUCCUGGCAUCUUUUACUUGGAGUGUUUUAUUUUACGUUUCGAGUAAGUUUACGAAUACCUUGUUCUUUAAGGGGUCCUGUUUUAAUGACAUUGUUAUCCUGUUGUGUACAGUUGAUGUACACCAAACCUUUCUUGUCCUUUUAUUAUUUCUGUCAUUUAAAUGAAAGGUUUAUUUUACUCCAUGUUGGCUGCCAUAAAUGAGAAACAAGCUCAGAGAGUGUGGUUAAUGUUUAUUAAAACUUUAUAAACAUGGUGCAUCCUUGUUGUUUUCACUUUGUUUAAAAUCUUGCAUGACAAGUGGAUAGCAUAUUUUAACUUUAAAUAUACUAUUUAAGCUUCAAUUUAAUGCAUUUAAAGGAAUAGUCCCCAAAAUUACAAUUCUUUCAUCAUUUACUCACCCUCAUGCCAUCCCAGAUGUGUACAAAUUAUUUUCUUCUGCAGAACACAAAGAUUUUUUAGAAGAAUAUUUCAGCUCUGUGGGUCCAUACAAUACAAGUGAAUGGUGGCGAGUACUUUGAAGCUCCAAAAAUCAUAAAGAGGCAGCCCUUUAAGUAAUCUAUAAGACUCCAGUGGUUAAAUCCUUGUCUUCAGAAGUCAUAUGAUAGGAUUGUUGAGAAACGGAUCAAUAUUUCUAUUGUUACUAUAAAUAUUUUGCUACAAAUUCUCCUCCCUGCCCAGUAGGUGGCGAUAAGCACAAAGAAGUGAAAUGCCAAAAAAAGAAGAAGAAUGUGAAAUUGGAGAUUAAUAAUAAAACUAAUCACCCACACCUAUCAUAUAGCUUCAGAAGAUAAGAAUUUUACCACUGGAGUUGUCCGGAUUGGAUACAAUCACUUGCUUUGAAUGGACCUUCAGAGCUGAGAUACAUUCUAAAAAUCUUUGUGUUCUGCAGAAGAAAGUCACACACAUCUGUGAUGGCAUUAGGGUGAGUAAUUGAUGAGAAUUUUACAUUUUUGGUGAGCUAUCCCUUUAAGAUGUAGAGCAGGGGUGCCCAAU